AGAAACAGAGUUCCGUGCCGGUGAUUCGGAUUACGCGUUCGAAUGCGCAUCUUCUCCCAAUCUAAAGACAGUAAAUGAACAUAUUUCCUAAAUAAAAAGGUUCAUUAGGCCCUCUCGAUACGAUAGACUCUUCAUGUAGAGAUCUGAUCGUUCCGUUCUUGUUUCGCAAGGCGAGGAGACAAAUUCUUUUGUAUGACUGCACGUCCGUUCAUCUUUGCAGUCGCGACGUGAAUCUUUUCCUUUGGAGCUAUGGCGUCACUGAGCUGUGCCUUGCUCCCGUCGCCAAUCACUACUACCACCCGGAGGAAUUUCGCGACCUCUGUGCGGCGGUCCGGGGCAUCUGGAAGUCUGAAGUGCAGCGUAGUAAGGGUCACUGCCGCCUUGGAAAAGGAAAGAAGCUACAAGGUGACUUUGCUGCCCGGCGAUGGCAUUGGACCUGAAAUUAUGCGAGUGGCGGUAGAUGUCAUGCAAGCUGUUGGAAGACGCGAAGGAAUCACUUUUGAUUUUACAGAGAAGCUGGUGGGAGGUGCUGCGCUUGAUGCUCUCGGAGUUCCUUUGCCUGAUGACACUUUGGCCUCUUGUCUUGAAUCCAAUGCGGUUCUUCUUGCUGCUAUUGGCGGGUACAAAUGGGAUUCUAACCCGCCUCAUUUAAAGCCAGAAACAGGACUGCUUGGACUUCGUGCAGGGCUAGGAGUGUUUGCAAACCUGCGUCCUGCCGUUGUGCUGCCUCAGCUAGUCGAUGCCUCUACUCUGAAGCGAGAGGUUGCAGAAGGCGUCGACAUUAUGGUAGUUCGUGAACUAAUCGGAGGUAUCUACUUUGGAAAACCUAGGGGAUUCGAUGUCAACGAAACUGGGGACAGGUUCGCGUUCAAUACAAUGGUCUACUCUACUCCAGAGAUCGAUCGAAUUGCAAGGGUUGCAUUUGAAACCGCUCGGAAGAGACAAGGAAGACUUUGCUCAGUUGACAAGGCCAAUGUUUUACAGGUAUCUCAGCUGUGGCGUGAGCGUGUUACUGCAAUUGGAAAGGAAGAGUAUCCUGAUGUUGAAUUAUCCCACAUGUACGUGGAUAAUGCGGCCAUGCAGCUUGUCCGGAACCCAAAGCAGUUCGACACCAUAGUAACCGGAAAUCUGUUUGGAGAUAUCUUAUCCGACAUCAGUUCAAUGCUUAGUGGGAGCAUCGGCAUGCUUCCAUCAUCGAGCAUGUCGGAGUCGGGUCCUGGUUUGUUUGAGCCGAUUCAUGGAUCUGCUCCAGACAUUGCCGGCACGGACAAGGCGAAUCCACUAGCGCAAGUACUGAGCGCAGCCAUGAUGUUGAGAUACGGGCUCGGUGAGGUCAAGGCUGCAGAAAUUAUUGAGUCUGCUGUAUCGUCGACUCUAGACAAAGGCUACCGCACAGGGGAUCUGAUGUCUGCUGGCAAGACUCUGGUUGGAUGCACGCAAAUGGGUGAAAUUCUUCUUGAUGCAUUAGAAGCUUCUUCAACGGUGACAUUGUCUCAUUGAUUUAAAAUGGUUUGAGAUUCAAACCUUGUCUAGGCCAUGAUGAACUUAGUCCGGGAGAUGGACACAAUCCUCGGUUUGCUGUUAUCAAUGAAUAGCGACUGCAGUUCUUUCAUUUGUCUAGAAAUUUUUCUAGCUAGAAAUUGCUUAUCGUUAGUACGCUACAUGUAUUAGACUCAUAUUGUGUAGGGAUUAAGCGAAUAGUUAUCAGUUUUUUGGUAUGUUGAAGAAUUAUUGUGUAUGGCAAUCCGUGUUAUUAUCUUACCCUUAGAACUUGGGUAAAUGUAUUGCUUCGGGAGCCAUUUUAGAUCUUUAGGAAGAGCCCUAUCUUUUUGGGAUGUAUUUUUAUGUCUGGAAUGCAUCACUGGGCGAUUAACUGCCCGAAGUAAAUUUUUGAGGAACAAGUGA